GCCUCCGGAGGCGACGACAUCGAGGCCGACGACGAUGACGCCGAGCUCGAGGCCAUGAAGGCAAGAGUGGCCGAGAUGGAGGCAGAGGCAGCCAAGCUCAGGGAGAUGCAAGAGCAAGCAGAGAGAGAAGCGGGAGGAGGAAGAGCUGGCGGAGGAGCAAAUACGCCAGUCAGUGGGCCGACGGAUGAGGAAAAGGAGGAAGUCGAUGCGAGGAGUGUUUACGUUGGCAAUGUCGACUACGGAGCUACGCCAGAGGAAAUCCAGCAGCACUUCCAUAGUUGCGGCAACAUCAAUCGCGUCACGAUCCUCUGCGACAAGUUCACGGGGCAUCCGAAGGGCUACGCAUACGUAGAGUUUGCCGACGCCAGCCUCGUGGCCAACGCCAUGGUCCUCAACGAGUCGCUCUUCCGCGGCCGACUGAUCAAGGUGACGGCCAAGAGGACCAAUUUGCCCGGUCUGAACAGGGGACGAGGGAGAGGGCGUGGGAGGCCGUAUGGCAGGGGAGGACGAGGUGGGAGGGGUCGAGGUAGAGGGCGAGGGUGGUACUGA